AUCAUGAACGUACCAUCGCUUCGAAAGUUGUGAUUUUGCAGACAAAACAAAUACAGAUCGCAUACAAACAGCCUCAAGAAACGCCGGGAUGGCAAAGCUAUUCCCGUAAACAUUCACCAUUCCCCCAAAUCCUGUAGUAUUGUAGUGUUCCCGAUUAUCUGUCCCGGUUCGAACGAAAAACAAUGGUCCACAACGACAAAUAACAGUUCUCGCCCAUCCUUGUUGUGCUAGCUAUACGGGUGAUGUCUUCGCUGCGCCAACACGCCUUGGUUCAGUAUGCCAUUCUGGUGGCCGCCUCACUGCUUUCGUACGGUGGCGCACUGUACGGCACGUUCGUGUUCGACGAUUCGGCAGCAAUCGUGAAAAACAUGGACGUGCGUAACGUGGCCACACCGUUCCGAGACCUGCUGCGGCACGACUUCUGGGGCAACAAUCUGUCCGACCCGACGAGCCACAAAUCCUUCCGUCCGCUGACCGUACUAAGCUACCAGCUGGAAAACCGCCUGCUAGGUUUAAACGCCGGUCACAUGAAAAAAGUUAAUCUUGCGCUGCAUACGAUCGUGUGCCUGCUGGUGUUACGACUGUAUCAAACGGUGUGGCGUGAGACCGGUCCUUUUCGUACGGCUUUUUGGGCCGCCUUUGUCUUUACCGUGCAUCCGGUACAUACCGAGGCGGUCGUUGGUAUUGUUGGGCGGGCCGAUUUGCUGGCAGCGAUCGGGUACAUUACCGUCCUGUUGCUAUACCAACGCUGGUUGCACGGCGAGCGUCGGUAUGGUUUCGUUGUUUUUCCGGCUCUUUUUCUUCUUACCGUAGCAUCGACGUUGUGCAAAGAAACGGGCAUCACGGCCCUAGUGGCCUGUGGCGCCAUCGAUUUGCUGAAGCGAGUCAAUUGGCGUCACGUGCGGUUGCCAGACUUGUUUCAAACGCAUCGAGCCUGCAUAGCGCGAGUGUUUGCCCUAGCCCUCCUAUCACUGGCCGCCCUCGUGUUACGCCUGUGGAUUAUGGACUUCGAAAGUCCCAAGUUCCAUCGAAUGGAUAAUCCCGUUGGUGCGACGAACAGCACCACCAGCCGAAUUCUUUCCCAAAGCUAUCUUUACUGGCUAAAUGCUUACCUUUUGCUGUGCCCCGAUUGGUUAAGCUUUGAUUGGGCCCUUGGAUCCGUUCCUUUGGUGGAAACCGUAUUCGAUCCCCGGAUGCUGCUGAUCGUGAUUUUCUACGGAACGGCAGCAAUACUGGCGUUACGAUCUUGCGAAUCUAAAUCAAAAGAAAUCAAACUAGCCCUUACACUGGCCAUCAUUCCCUUCCUACCAGCGUGUGGCUUUGUACGGGUUGGGUUUGUGAUUGCCGAACGGUUACUAUAUCUUCCAUCGGUUGGAUUUUGCUACCUCCUAGCGGUCGGUUACCGACGAUUAAUCAAGCGCUCCGUAGCGUUCUACAUUCCACUGUGCUUCCUGUGCACCAUGUUUAUCCUGAAAACACAAUCCCGUGCUUACGAGUGGACGUCGGAAGAUCUGCUGUUCCGCUCGGCACUGCGCGUCUGUCCCGAAAACGCCAAAGUGUACUACAACAUUGCCCGACUCGCUACGGAUCAGGGUGAUCGUGAAACGGCCUUCGCCUUCUACCGACACGCAAUCGAGCUACAUCCCGCGUACGAAGCGGCACACAUGAAUUUGGGCAAUCUGUACCGCGAAGUGCACGAGCUGGACACGGCCGAACGGCAUCUAAGGAAAGCGAUUGAAAUACACGAACCAUUCCCGUCGGCCUGGAUGAAUCUCGGUAUCGUGCAGGCGGCACGGAAAGACCAUCAAGCCGCGUUGACCAGCUAUCGGCGAGCGCUCGAGCUAAAGCCCAACUAUGCUAACUGUUUGUACAAUUUGGGCAAUCUGUACAUCGAUAAGCAAAACUCCUCCAUGGCCCUGCGGUACUGGCGCGAAGCGAUACAGCAAAACCCUCGGCACAGCAAAGCGUGGGCCAACAUUCUCGCGCUGUACGACAAUCGGGGCCGUACGGAUGACAUUAUACGCACAUCGGCACUGGCGCUUACCUUUCUGCCGAACGAUACCGCCAUCCUGUUUACCCGUGCCAACGCGUUCGGGAAGCUUGGCCAGUACGAAACGGCCGAGGCACUUUAUCGGCAGAUCAUUGCCGCCCGUCCGGAUCAUGCGGUGUACCGUGCUAAUCUGGGCGUGCUGUAUCACCGGUGGGGCCAGCGGAACGCUCAGGCGAUCGAGCAGUACAGGGCUGCGCUACGGCUAGAUCCAAACCUGCGCAGUGCCAAGACGAACCUUCUCAAGCUAAUGGACUCGUCGUAGAGUCGCGUCACGACAAUUCUUACUGACUGACUGAACAAGUUAUCUAGGCUUACUUUAAUCGGAAAUCAAUAAGAGGAACGCACAAGAGUGUGUUGUUGCCAAUAGCUACUACGAUCGCGCCCCCGGGGAAGCAAUCGAAUCCAGGCAAAGGCUUGAAUCUCUUUUUUUAACAAAACAACAAGAGAGCGACAGCUUUCGUUUCGAUAAUAUUCGACAAGUAUUUAUUACCGUCUUAAAGAAUAAGGAAUAAGGGCGCAGCGAUGCUGAACAAAUGAUAUUUUAAUUGAAACUCAACGAAAGAAGCUCAAGGAUAGAUUCGGAGAUUUGAUGAAAAAGCGAGGAAAGCGAGGAAAGCUCCUAUGACUUCUAACGUCAUUUUAACCUGUUCGAUUUACCACGAUAGCAUAUCGGAAAGCAAGCAAUAACUUAUACAACGAAAAACGGAAGCGCAAUGAAAUUAAAGCAUAAUCACGUAUUUUAUAAACACAAACAAAA